AUGAUUGAGAAAUGUGAUGUAAAUUACAGACUAUAUCUGGUAACCGAUUCAGAUAUGUUGCCAGAUGGGAAGUCAUUUGAGCAUCAGGUUGAGUCAGCUUUGAAGGGUGGUGUAACUUUAGUUCAGUUAAGAGAAAAGGAGUGUGAGUCUAAGGAAUUUUUGGAGAAAGCUUACAGAUUAAAGGAUCUCUGUUCCAGGUAUAAUGUUCCAUUGAUUAUUAAUGACAGAGUAGAUAUUGCACUAGCAGUAGACGCAGAUGGUGUCCAUGUGGGGCAGUCAGAUAUACCAGUUCCUGUUGUGAGGAAGUUGCUAGGACCUAAAAAGAUUAUUGGUCUCAGUGUUGGGUACUCCCAUGAAGUUGAGCAGUUGGCAGAAUGGGGCCCAGGGUGUGUAGAUUACAUUGGUAUAGGUAUGAUAUUCUCUACUGCGACCAAAAAGAAUCCAAAAAAACACCCUAUGGGCACUGAUGGUGCUAUAACUAUUUUGGAUGCGCUAGAGAAAUGUGAUGCAUCAUGGUGUAGAUCUGUUCUCAUUGGCGGCAUACACUUGAAUAACGUUGCAAGAGUUUUACUUCAAAGCGCUAGCACGAGUGGCAGAAGAGCUACUGACGGUAUCGCUGUUGUGAGUGAAAUUAUGGCAAGUACAGAUGCGUUAUCUGCAACGGUAAGCUUGAGAAAGGUUUUGGAUUCUGGGCGCUAUCCUUAUAUUAGUGCUAGUGCUACUGGUAGCAUCGCAAGUUCACAUGAGAUCAAUGUUCAAGAAGUCACUGACUAUCUUCAUUUGGUAUCGGGAAGGUCACCAUUAGUAGUGCAUAUCACUAAUCGUGUUCAUGAAAAUUUAGCUGCAAACAUAUCUCUGGCAUUAGGAGGCUCUCCAAUCAUUACUUCAAAUGCUGCGGAAUGUUACGACCUCGCACGGAUUAAGUAUGGUUCUUUAUUCAUUAAUACAGGGACUAUUCUGCCGUUAGAUUCGUGCCUAAAUGCAGCAAAAGCUUAUAAUGAUGCUAAACUGCCCAUUGUAUUUGAUCCUGCUGGUUAUUCAGCAACCAAAGUUAGGUUUGAUUUGAAUAAUCAGAUAUUGAAGGGUGCCCAAUUCACCUGUAUUAAGGGCAAUGCUGGAGAAAUUUCGUCUUUGGAUUGUUUAAGUGUCGCCACCACACGCGGUGUUGAUGCUAGUGAUGUAGGGAAAGAUAUAAGUGCAUUGAUUUGUUCUGCACGGAAUGUAGCCUAUCGUUAUAGAACAGUUGUUGUACUGACUGGCGAGCAUGAUAUUAUUGUAGAUGGAUCAUUAGGUUAUAACUUUAAUUUGACGCAGGGUAAUUAUCUUAAGCCGCAGGAUUUGCCCACAUAUGUGAUUCAUGCAGGGUCUUUUCCGAUAAUUUCAAGUGUUACUGCUACUGGUUGUUCAUUGGGAACAGUUAUAGCGUCUAUUCUAGGUGCUAUUUCUGACUUACACUCAGUAUAUCAUGCUGUUAUUGCCGCUGCUGUCAUCUAUAAAGCAGCUGGGAGAAUAGCAUCUCAACGCGCAAAGGGCAAUGGUAGUUAUCAGACAGAGCUUCUUGACGCCCUGUACAUGCUGGCUCGGUGUGAGAGGGAAGAGUUGAUAUCCCAAUUGUUAGGAUGUGAUAUUCUGAUUAGAAGAGUUUGA